AACAAAUCGCGUUUAUUCUAGCAACAUCAAUUUUGUGAAAAAAAAUUUUCUGAAAAUAAUCGCUUAUUAUAGUAAAGUAAAAUUUAUAACAAAUCGCGCUUAUUCGAGCAACAUAAAUUUCGUGAACAUAAGUUUUCUGAAAAUAAUUGCUUACUAUAGUAAAGUAAAAUUUAUGACCAAUCGCGCUUAUUCGAGCAACAUAAAUUUCGUGAAGAAAAAUUUUCUAAAAAUAAUCAUUUAUUAUAGUAAAGUAAAACAAGUAAAGAAUUCAUUUGCUUUCUGCUAACGUAAUUAUCUUCAGAAUAAAUUUAUCAAAACUAUCUUGCUUAUUAUAGUAAAGUAAUAAAUAUUACAAUGAUUGGAAAAAAAGUUAAAAUAAUCGGUAUCGUCGUAGCAGUUAUACUGAUUAUCGGUGGGGUGACUGCUGUGAUAAUCUUAACGCGCAAAUCAUUACCGGACCCGGAGACUGUGAAAAAAAUUCGAAGGGGAUUAAAAGUAGGUUCAUCUACUAUAAGUCGGAAUCAUCUUGACAUAAUUGAAAAAUUCGAUGAAGAUGCCGCAAACUUUCCAAGUAACAAAUUUCCCGGUUGGGACACAACCGAAGAGCAAUUGAAAGAACUCACAUUAUUUGCUAUAUCAUUACUGGAGUUGAAUGUAACAAACGAUUAUAUGUCGAAGUGUCUGUUAGUAGUAAAAUCAAUUAUUAAGAGUAUAAUUUCGAAAUUAGAAUUAACAAAUGGCCCUUUGAUCAGAUUUCCGUGGGCCGAAAAUUGGUACCCAUUUUCGGUUUACGUGACUCGAUUGUUUUCAAUGUACGAAUACCUCGGCGACGAUUCUGACCUCCAAAAGAAAUGUCACUAUCAAUUGAAAAGAAUUACUCCCUAUCUUGGUAUUUCUUUUCAAUCGACCAAAAAAGGUGAAAACUUAUUUUACGUAGCGGUGCCCCGUCUGUGUUCCAACUAUCUAUCUGAACCUGAGCUAUUCAUCAAUGAUCAAGCUGAUCGUCAAUUUACAGAACUUAAAAGAUAUCUAGAGUUUCCAAUAAUAACAACAAACGAUAUAAAAGAAGGUCGUUAUGCUGAUGGCUCAUGGAUUUACAGUGGAAAUGUCGCUUCAUAUGUUGAGCUACGUAAAUACGAUGAAUAUUAUGAACGAAUGUAUCGACUUUUAGGCUUCUCAACGGGACUGGAAGACGCCGCGAAGUCAAUACUACCGAAAUUGUUGCAUCCAAGUAUUCCUUUCUUACCGCUAGGCUUAGUUGGUCGAUCUGGCAAAGUUUACAAUUACAAAAAGUAUUCAAAUAUUACUAGUAAAAUUGGAGUCUUUGUGAUGCCGUUCAUGGGUUUUGGUGUUUUCAAAACUCAAGACUUCCUGUUUUAUGUGCGGGUUCAGCGGCCUGGCAUCGCAGCAUUUCAAAGUAAGAAAUUCAAUUCGAGUUCCUCGGCUGUUAAUACCAAUGAUCUAGGACUUGGCUGGGUUCAGUUGCGUAAACUGUAUCGAAACAAUUAUGCAAGGAACAGUAAUAAGAUAACUGAUUUCACCUGGGAAAAAUUAAAGGAACAACCGGGUCUGUUAUAUUUUAUCGAUAACAGUCUAGAUCCAUUGAAUGUAUUUGCGGUAACAGGUGAGGAUCAAACAAAAUCAUUCCAAACUAAUCAGACUACGUUAAACUCGUACAUCGGCCAGUUAAAUGCUCACAGUAUGGACAUCAGCGAGAAAGUGCUAUUCUGGUUAAAUAUUUACGAUUUUGAUGAUGUCUACAAAAACGGUUGCAAAGUUACUGAAGCCGCAAUUGUCACUGAUCAAGGGUUGCAAGCUUACUAUAUCAUUGAGAACCACACGAAUACAGAUAUGAAAUUCAUUUGCAAAGACGAUCAAACUGACUGGGAAUUUAAAAUCAACAAAGUAGAGGCAACUAACAAUUAUCACCAGGUGCCUGCUGAUUCGGUUACUAAAUUCCAUUGGCAAGUUCUUCAUAGUGAUAUUGACUACGACGUUAAAUAUAAUAAAGAUUUAAUGACCUUUAGCUUUAGAGGAAAGAACUACACGAUUAACGUCAAUACUCCGAAUAAAACCUACACUGUUAAAGAAGAUAAUGAAAUUCUAUUUAAUGGUUCUAUGGAAAAUACGAGGUCGUAAGCUUAAUUGACGCAUGGCUCUGAAUGACAGGCAAAUAAUUUUAUGAGAAACUUUAGUUAGAAAUUGAUUAUUAAUGAGACAAUUUGAGAAUAUUGAAUUUUUUU